AAAUACAAAUAGGUCUAAACUACACCGAAACCAGGAAAGGGAUAUGUUAUCUACCCAGCCAGCAGCAGCUUCUGGUUUGUCUGAAUCGAUUGAUCGAGCAAGAAAGCAAGCCCACACAACAUGAUACAGAUACUUUCUAAAAUGGAUCCAAAAACUAUAGAGGCCUCACUCAAUCACGAAAUGCUUGAAUGGAUCCAACCCAGUAGCCUUUAUCCUAUCAUUUCUUGCCAUUGAGUCCAGAGCAACGACCCAGGAAAAUGUUUGGUGCAUUUGUAUUUGUUUUGAGCUCUUUAUAUUUGCCAUUCGUUCUUCUCCUUCGUGCCUUAUCCAGAGUAGAGGAGAGCAGAGUCGUUCUUGCUCAGCUUUUCUUCUGCGUCGUUCUAACCAUGGCGGGAACCUCCGCCUUUAAAUCCCCUUGUUUCCGUCCACCUUCUUCCUCCCUCUCGUACAGCUCCAACCCAUUCCCCCUCCGAAAGCUUAGGGUUUCCUUCCCCCGCUCCACAUUCCCCAAAAUAUAUGCAUUGACUAGCAGCGAUAUAAAAGUGGGCCUCAACAUUGAAGUUGAUGGGAUUCCUUGGAAGGUUUUAGAGUUCCUCCAUGUUAAGCCUGGUAAAGGUGCAGCAUUUGUAAGGACUACACUUCGAAACUACUUAACGGGGAAUCAAGUUGAGAAAACUUUCAGAGCUGGGAUUAAGAUUGAAGAGGCUGAUAUAUUCAAGGAAACCAAGCAAUUUACUUACAAAGAUGGUUCUCAGUAUGUGUUUAUGGACUUGACUACAUUUGAAGAAUUCCGUCUCAACGAGGCAGAUGUCGGAGAUAAAUCCAAGUGGCUGAAAGAAGGCACGGACUGCAAUUUGCUAUUCUGGGAAGCAAAGGUGAUUGACUUUGAACUCCCCAUCACAGUGAAGUUAAAAGUGGUUGAAGCCGAUCCUGGCCUUAAGGGUGACACAGCUCAAGGAGGAUACAAGUCUGCUACUGUUGAUACUGGCGCUGUGGUCAGUGUCCCAUUGUUCAUAGAUGUUGGCGAGGAAAUUUUGCUAGAUACUAGAACUGGGCAAUACAUGAGUCGAGCGUAGGUUAUUUAUUCGGGUGUCACAAUUGGGGAGCAUCCAUUGGUUUUGCACAAGAAAUGUAAGUAUGCAUGAGAGUUCCACAGCAAAUGAAAGACUAUCUAUAGCUUGCAUCCGGAAUGGAAGAGUCAUGCAGAAGAGAUUUCAAAGUCCCUGCGUUUUUUGAAGCUCAAGCCUUGAUUACAACAAUUGCUAUCAAGUUUUCAAAAUUCUUGUGUGUGUUAGAUAGAGGGAGGACGAGGACAUAUAUUAACGCCCGUAAAGUGUCAACGAAUCUUAUUAUUACGAAGAAGAAGAAGAUGAAGAA